AUGCCAUGGCCCUGGAACUUUGGACGAGGCGAUUAUCACACAUAUUACCACGAACACCCUCCGGUCACUCCACUCGACCGUCAGGAACAGACAUUCGUCAACAUGCAUUCAAACUUAUAUAGGGACCGAAGCGGAGAUGUAAUACCAAGUUCUAUAUCAGCGCAGCUGAUGCAGAACGGUGUUGCACCUCCCUGGAACACAGCAAAUGUCAGGGAAAACCCCGUCCUGAAUGUCCCCUUUUCGGCAGCAGGUACCUGCGGCACACCGACUGGAAUGCGGCACUAUAUCCCAAAUUCUGGUCAGAACUAUGUGCCAAUCAACACGGCCGCUGCUCUCUGGCACACUGGUCAAUUUCCCCCGCUGCUCCCGUCCAUCCAAUUACCCAGACAACCAAUCUACUGGCACAAUGUGGCCGAUCAUGAUGUCCAUCGCCCAGUUACUAUGGAUCGGAGUUACGCCCUUUCUCAGCUCACCAAUGAGCAUGCCAGAAGACACUAUCAAUGGCAAGAGGACCUUACAGAUGAUCACCUACGAUACCAAUGUGAUGCCUUUAACUAUAUCCAAGCAGAAACUUCGCUGAUUAGGGGUCUCGAAAACCUGCAUUUCGCCCCUGGUCCUCAUUUCCGCGCUAUUCCAGACCACGAUUCAGUGUCGAUCCCGAGAGCCCAGCUAGCAUCGCGUGUUGCAAGAGUGCGGCGCCAUGCAGCUCACGAAAGUUCGGACCAAGUUGAGCUCGGCCUUGAAGCUGCUACGUUAAGCAAUGUGUCGCAACUCCCUGUGGUUGCACCUGCGCGUCCCACCUCACGGAGUGACUUUGAAAUUGCUAUUAUCUGUGCCCUGACAGUCGAGCAAGACGCAGUUCAUGCCCUCUUUGACCAUUACUGGGAUGACAACGGUCCCCCAUAUGACAAAUAUCCCAGUGAUCCUAAUGCAUAUUCAUGCGGUGCAAUUGGCAGGCACAACGUCGUACUCGUGCACAUGCCGGGUAUGGGAAAAGCAAACGCUGCGGCAGUUGCCGCUCAUUGCCGAGUGAGCUUCCCGAAUCUGAAACUUGCCUUCAUAGUAGGUGUCUGCGGGGCUCUUCCAUUCACAAAUACUGCCCAGGAGAUCAUACUGGGCGAUGUAAUCAUCGGUGAUGGCAUCGUUCAGUACGACUUUGGGCGACAGUACCCGGACCAGUUCAUCCGCAGGAACACGCUUCUCGACUCGCUUGGCAGACCCGGUCCUGAGAUUCGUGCGCAUAUGGCCAAAUUGAAAACUCGCCGCGGUCGUGCGUCACUUCAUCAUGCUAUGGAUACCCAUCUUCGCUUUCUCCAAAGUCACUCUCAGUUCAAGGAAGACUAUCAGUAUCCCGGCGCCGAACAGGAUGUGUUAUAUAAGCCGGACUCCAACAUCGUUGUCUUGCGUCGCCGACUGGAGCAGAUCCGUCCCAGGCCUUGUGUGCACUUUGGUGCCAUUGCGUCCGGCGAUACAUUGAUGAGAAGUGGCACGCGUCGCGACACUAUUGCAACAAAAGAGGGUAUUGUUGCCUUUGAGAUGGAGGGUGCAGGCGUCUCCGACAACAUACCACAUGUGAUUAUCAAGGGCGUGAGCGACUAUGCAGACUCGCAUAAGACCAAGGCCUGGCAACCCUAUGCUGCCUGCACUGCCGCUGCCUACUCAAUUCACACUGAAGCGCCAGUCGGCCUUUUUUCAAAAUGA